GUGUGCUCUACGUAAGCUAGUUUGGAAUAUGUUUCGAUUAUAUAGAUCAGGCGCAUUCGUUUUCUCACCAAAAACAGCACGCGUGUUCAGACAGAGACUUAUGGACCAUCUACUAUGAGAUUAUACUGUAGAUCUUUCACUCUCCUCCCAUUCCUCCAACACACAACCCGCCAUCGGCCGUCAAACUGUCGACAGACCGAUGCCCUUGCUGUAUCCCACAGACUCCUGCCCUUCAGGGGGCUGUCCACAGAUGGCUCCCCUCAGCCCAGAAUUUGCCCAAACUCUGUCGAAGUUCUGGGACAUGUCUACCCGCGAGAUGACAUGACCAACGUGACAGCGAAAGUCUUAUCUAAAGUUGGCUGCCAGUUGCACAACCGUCCGCACCAUCCCUUGUGGCUUAUUAAAGAACGCAUCAAAGACCAUUUCUACCAGUCUUACGUGGGCCGCUCGGGAAACCCGCGCUUUUCGGUACAUGACAAUCUCAGCCCGGUAGUGACGGUGGAGCAAAACUUUGACAGCUUGCUCAUUCCUCCAGACCAUCCUAGUCGAAAAAAAGGAGACAAUUACUACCUGAACCGCGCGCACAUGCUGCGGGCGCACACCUCCGCCCAUCAAAAAGAGCUGGUGAGCUCGGGGCUCGACUGCUUCCUUCUGGCUGGAGAUGUGUAUAGGCGAGAUGAGAUAGACUCCAGUCACUAUCCGGUUUUUCACCAGAUGGAGGGAGUACGACUUUUCUCAAACCAUGAGCUUUUCGCCAAAGUGGAGAAUGGUGAGGACCUGUCGCUGUUUGAGCGUGCUGGUCACCAUACACAUCAGAAACAGGAAACACACACACUGGAGGCUGUCAAACUCGUGGAGUUCGAUCUGAAACAGACACUCACACGUCUCACGCGACACCUUUUCGGUGAAGAUUUGGAAAUCCGCUGGGUGGACUGCUACUUCCCCUUCACACACCCCUCCUUUGAGAUGGAGGUGCGCUUUCAAGGUGAUUGGCUGGAGGUGCUGGGCUGUGGGGUCAUGGAGCAGGAACUGGUCAACUCAGCUGGUGCUACUAAUAAAAUUGGCUGGGCUUUCGGUUUAGGGCUGGAGAGGCUCGCCAUGGUUCUGUUCGGCAUCCCGGAUAUCCGACUGUUCUGGAGCGAGGACGAACGCUUCCUGAAGCAGUUCUGCCUGUCUGACAUCUAUCAAUCUGUCACCUUUCAAGCUCUCAGUAAGUAUCCUCCGCUCUUCAAUGACAUCUCUUUCUGGCUGCCGUCUGACGGUUACACGGAAAACGACUUUUACGACCUGCUGCGCAGUAUCGGAGGAGACCUAGUGGAGAAGGUCACACUGGUGGACAGCUUUAUACAUCCAAAGACGAAGAGAGCGAGCCACUGUUACCGCAUCGUGUACCGUCACAUGGAGAGGACCCUGACCCAGGAGGAAGUGCGGAUUAUUCAUGCAGCCAUUGAGCAGGCGGCUGAAAAAGAGCUUGGAGUGCAGGGAAGAUAUUGAAGUGAUCUUCAAGAAGCCUCCCACUUCUCAUAUUAGGAAUAGCGGAUAUAGUAACAUCUCUCUUUUAACUGAUAAAAGGAUUUGUAAAGCAGUUACAACUGUUCUGAAUCAGGGAGUCCAUCUAGAUUUGUCUUUAAGUCUAUCCAAAGUUUUGUCUUUGUCUUUAAGUUUUCUCACUCAAAUACAAAAAUUACUAAAGCACUAUAUGUGUUUUUUUUGGAUUAUCUUUUUCUUUAACGAUCAUUUAUUUUAAAUGAAGCAGGAUUUUGAGAGUUUUGAACUGUUUGUUCUUGAUAACCCCUUUAAACCUUAUAGCACUUUCUCAUACAUCAGAGUUUGGCACUCACUUCUUCAUAGCACAGUCUGGAAUUUCUUAAAGGAACAGUUCUCCCAAAAAUGGAAAUUCUCUUAUAAUUAAUUAACCCUCUUGCCAGAUGUAUUUACUUCAUUUCUUUGUCAAAUUUGAUAAAGAUUCCCAUACAGUUUUGCUAAUGUAUACAAUGUAAAAAAUACUCAAUCAUUUUUUUAACCCAUGGUUGAGUUAAAAGGGAUGCAUUUAGCCAUCGGGUUAUAAAUGAUUCUUUGAUGAGUUGUUUCAGCCCAAAAAUGCUAAAUUAUUUCAACUCAUUGCUGGGUCAGAUGUGACCCUGGACAACAAAACCGGUCAUAGGUAGCAUGGGUGUAUUUGUAGUUAUGGCCAACAAUACAUUUGUAACAAUCCUGUUGGUCCCCGGCCUGUUUUCCCGUGUUUUCCCCAAGAACUUAAUUUUUUCCACGCUCCCUCACCUGUCCCUCGUCAAUAGGCCUUUUUCACAUGACGUCACGCACCUUCCGUUCUGCCGCGAAGCAGUGUAGAGUUACUUUCACUAGCGCCUCAAAAUGGAGUUUACCAAGUCCCUUGCACAGUUUCCACAAAUACAGCUAGAUGAUGUACAACAUCUUGCAGACAAGAUCAAAGCUAGAUAAAGGAUUACGAGUUGAAACGUAUCUGUUUGAUUAUAAAGGUAAGUGUUUUGUUUUCUUUACGUGUUGGCGAAGGUGCUAGGAUAAGUGCUUGAAUACGUGUUCUUUUAUUUUUUUUACUGUUUUUAAAUUCCAGAGCAACGGUAAAACAGAAGUUUUUCUUCUUCUUGUUUGCGGCAAGAUGGAUGCUAUGAUACACUGCUUUGCGAAAAGGCGGAAGUUACAUCAUUGUGAAAAGGGCCUAUUAUCCACGCACCAGCCUAAAGAUCAUGUUCCAUGAAAAUAUUUUGUAAAUUUCCAAACGUAAAUACAUCAAAACUUUAUUUUGGAUGCAGCAAAAUCGCGGACAAAACUUAACUAGUUUUGAGGUCCAGGGUCACAAAUAUGAAUGUUCUCUGGGUUUAUUGAACUCAGUGGUUGGAUUCGUCCCUUUUGACCCAACCAUGGGUUGAAAAUAGUUUAGGUAACAACUUGUUGAAGGUUUAGAAUAGAGCGUGUAAACUAUUUUCAGAUAAACUUUUUCCUUUAACUCACUGUGUCACUAUAAGGGUUGUACAUUUGAUUUUAGCAAAUGUUAAAAAUGGCUUUUACAGAGUCAAAUGCCUGUCAGCUGCUGGUCUCUUGUUUCUACAUUUGAAUAAAGAAGAUGUGAGGAAGCAUGUACUGAGUUGCGGAAAUCACUAAGAAAAUUGAACCCUUUCUCAAAGUCACCCCACUAUAUAAUGUUAAAAGAAAAGCUUAAAGUUCUUUACAGAGAAAGUAAAUAAACAAUACGGUGUUGAGGUGUGA